GUACCAAUGUUCGCUUUAAAUAACAGGAAGAAAAGAUUAAGGCAGGCCUUGUACGCGAACCCAACAACAGACAGCUUUGAAGACUCUUCAGCCUUCACGUUAAACAAUGCUGGAGAGGGAUACUUUGAUGCUAGUGAAGUAGCGAUACCACAGAAACGUUUUCAGCGACUUCAACCGCCAAAUUCCUCAAACAAUGAGAAAAAUGUCAACGGCACUUCCUCUUUCUUGCGACAAAACCAGGAGUCAAUUUGUGGAAGUGGUAGGAGUGGAAGCUCUUUGCCAUGCAGUGGGCGUUAUUAUGGCACUAAUCAAAUUGGAGCACAACUUCGCCAGCCGAUAAAACAACAAACCCAUUCCUUUCUCAUCAAUAGUAUGGAUUCACCACCAACCAAUUAUCCGUCCAGUAACAAGACUCUGCAACACCAGCCAGUCACAGGUUUUCAAGGCUCUGGUAUAAAAGUUGAGAAACAAGAUAUGACCAGACAAAGAAAACCAGGCCAACAGGAUCAGAAUUUUCAGUCCAAGGAAUGGUCCGGUAAACAAAUGAAUCUCAUGGCCACUCCAACAGACAAGUCUCUCAAGUUUUUAACAGCCACAGUUCAAAGUGUUCUUAAGUGGAAACAGUAUGAAGACAUGGUCACUUCAAUUUAUGAAGUAUUUGGAACACUAGACUCACAAGUUUCCUUGAAUGCAGCUGGUAAUGGAAAAAAUUUUGUCAUCAAAGACAAAACUGGAGUUCUGAGGUGCACUUUUUGGGAAAUGGAUCGCCAACUUCCAAGAUUGACAAGAGGGAAGAUGCACAGGUGUGUGGGAUUCUUGGACAAAAAUGGUGGAACUUUUAAUUGUGUGUCCAUCAGACCAAGUAAGCAGACAGAACUGCUGGUUAUGGUAGACUUCUUAAAAGCAUCAGAGUUGGCUAUGCAACAACAGCUAGCAACCUUCAAGGAAGACUAACAUUUGGAAAAAUUAAGUAUUCAGGUCAAAUA